GCAUGCCCAGCCAUGUCUAUAUAACUCUACCUUGGUUGGGUUACAGAUAUUUCAUCUCUACUCAUGCAGUAGAUACAGCUGACAGUUAGCCAUGGAGAACUGGUCCCUCUUCCUCCUCUGCUUCUCGCUGGGUUGUUCUGUCUGGAUGAUCCAGGGAAGUCGUCUGGACGACAGGAUCGAUGAAGAGGAUCUGGGAGAACCCUGUGCAGAGGAACAAGGGCUGUCGGCUCUCUGCUGGGCAUGCAAGCUGGUAAUGAAGAAGCUGAAAAGGAUCCUCGGACCAAAUGCAACUGAAGAGAGAAUCACGACAAAGCUGAAAGUUAUCUGCAAUGAGCUGGGACUGCUAAAAUCAAGGUGCCACAGAUUUGUUGAAAAACAUCUUAGAGUCCUGGUUAAAGAACUGACAACCAAGGACGACGUAAAGACAGUUUGCAUCAAAAUACGAGCAUGUCGGUAG